AUGCGCUCCGAGUGCAACAGCUGGGCCCGAGAUUCAUCAGGAAAGAGUACUGCAUGUCUCUGGACAGUAACAAUCAGCAUGGAAAACACGAUAUCGGAGAAAACAGCCCAAAAGUGGCCAGUCGACACCCCUUCGCAGCCAAAUGGUGCCCUACCAGAAGGAUAUCCUGCCGGUCAAACUUGUCCUACACCAACACGGGACGCAAAUGGCAGUACGAGAGCAUAUGAGGACUCGAAACUCCGGAACAGCGGUCCAACAACACCAUUGACCGGAGCCAGGCUCUGGAUUCUCUUCACCGCCGUCUUCUUUGCAACAUUCCUCAUGGCCCUGAACGCAUCAAUCGUCUCAACUGCCAUACCUAAGAUAACAACCCAUUUCAACUCCCUCGACGACAUUGGCUGGUACGGCAGUGCCACCCUCAUAUCGACAUGCGCAAUGCAGCCCUUGACGGGAAAGCUCUAUACUCUAUUUCCUAUAAAGCAAACAUACAUUGUCUUCGUAUCCAUCUUCUUCCUGGGCUGUGUGCUCUGCGGGGCCGCGACUUCGUCAGAAAUGCUUAUCGGCGGGAGAGCGGUCCAAGGAAUGGGAGGAGCAGGGAUGCUCAAUGGUGCAUUCACAACCAUCGCGGCGGCAGCACCGAAGGAAUAUAAACCGAUGUUCGUUGGAGUCGGCAUCGGUGCGUCAACGGUUGGAUCCGUCAUUGGGCCAUUGAUUGGAGGCGCACUUACCGAGAGUGUGACAUGGCGGUGGUGCUUCUACAUCAGCCUCCCGCCAGCAGGACUAAUCCUCCUGAUCUUUCUAUACCUCCACAUCCCCGAACAGAUCGAAAAGAAGACAGUCAUCCCUAAUCUCAAAGCGAUCAUUACCAACGAACUCGAUCUCAUCGGAUUCGUCCUCUUCGCCACCGCAUGCGUCAUGGCUCUCCUGGCUCUCACCUGGGGCGGCAACACAUACCGAUGGGACUCGGCCACCAUAAUCGGGUUGUUUUGUGGCGCCUUUGGCACGACCGUUGUUUUUGCAGCCUGGGAGGUCCGUCGAGGCGACAAGGCCAUGAUGCCGCCGACGGUAGUGCGCAACCGUCUGGUUAUCUUUGGCUGUCUCACGUCUUGGUGUCAAGCCGGCGCCAUGUUCACCUUGACUUAUUACCUUCCACUGUGGUUUCAAGUCAUCAAGAAUGCAUCGCCGCUCAUGAGCGGCGUCAUGAUCUUGCCUACGGCCAUUUCGCAGUCUGCUGGCGCUGUUGCUGCUGGGAAGUUCGUCCAACUCAUUGGGUACGUUACUCCCUGGGCCCUUUUCGGAAGCAUGGUGUCCUCAAUAGGCUCGGGGCUCAUGACCACAUUUACGCCUUCGACCGGUGCUGGGCCAUGGAUCGGAUACCAGAUUUUGAUAGGGGUUGGAAGAGCGCCUGUGCUCCAAAUGCCCAUCACAGCAGUCCAGAACCUCCUUCCACCCGCCGAAGUGGCGAUCGCCACAUCGCAGAUUUUCUUCUUCCAAUACAUGGGCGGCGCCGUCAUGGUCGCCGUGGCCCAGACCAUCUUCACCAACGGGCUAAGAUCGUCGAUGCGGACCUACGCCUCCCCGGACGUUGAUGUCGGAGUUGUCAUCGGUGCCGGCGCAUCUGCUGUGCGGUCGACAGUCUCCCACGCAGAUCUGCCCGGUGUGCUCAGGGCGUAUAAUCAGGCGAUUGUGGAUACUUUUUAUCUCGCUAUGGCCGGUUCUUGCGCAGCGUUCCUGACAAGUUUCGGCUUGGGCUGGCAGAAAUUGCCUUCUCAGGGUGGAAAGAAAACAGAAAAGGACGAGGAGAAAAAUCAGGAGAAGGAAGUAGCAACCGGAGAGCGAGAAUGA